AUGAAUUUAUACUCAAACUAUCAUGUUGCCAUUAGCCCAAAUGGCAAAGAAGUCGCGAUUUUUAACACAAGUACGUUUGAAUUAUUUGUUAGUGAAGCUAAUAAUUUAUUAGAACCAAGGCAAAUCAAAACAGAUUCAUUAAAAAAUAUCGAUAAUACAAAGAAAUUAAUCUGGUCGUUAGCAAUAUCAAAUCCAAUAGUUAAUGACAAAGAUGAUGAUUUUGAGAAUGAAAUUUUAGUGGCAUUAUCAUGUUUUCAUGAACAUGAAAUUAUGUUAAAUACUCAAGAGCUUUCUUCCAAUAACAACAGCAAUAACAAUAAAAACAUUGACCUUAAUGUUAGUAACAGUUUCUCACCAAUAUCUUCUACUAAUUCAAUGUCUCCAUUAAAAGAAAAUCAAGAUGGUAAUACUUUUGAUGAAGAGAAGGGUAUCAAUAGAAUAGUCAGUUCUUCAAAAUCAUCAACUUGGAUUAUUUCUACUUGGCAUGAAGCAAGAAUUUCUACUUCAAUUGAUAAUAUUGGAGACAAUUUAUCAAUAAAUAAAUCAACAAAUUUUUGGUGGCCAGAAUAUUUAACUUUACUUUUCAAUCAUUCUGACUCAUACCAAGAAUUUGAUUUCCCAUCAAAAAUUCAGGCAGAAAUAAAAAAACUUUACCAAAACACUUCAUGUCUAGAACUAUUGACACGCAAUAUAGAAAAUGACUUUCUUCUGGUGGAAGAUUAUAAAGAUCGUGUACAAGUAUUGGAAAUGUAUAAUCUGAAGACUAAUGAAUUGGAAAUGGUUUUUCAUCAGAAAGAAGAAUACAAUUCUUUCGAUUUAAAUAACAAUUAUUUUAGUUAUGGAAAUCCUUCGAUUGCGAUCUCAAAAUAUAAAUCAUUGUUGGCUUAUUGUCGAGGGAUCAAUAGUAUAACAAUAUACCUGAUGGAAAAUAGUUUAGACAUUGUCACAAAAAAUUUUUUGAAUAUAGAAAGAAUUCUAACAAUUGAUUUUAUUAACGAGGAUGAAUCUUUAUUAAUCAUUGCAAUAGAAAAAGAUAAUCUAGAUCCUAUUAUUAUCAUAUGGGAUUUAUUUAAUUAUAUGAAUGAUUCAAUACGUAUCAUUAAAGAUUUUAAUAAAAUAUUCUCUAUUAAUGACAAUGACAAUCAUUACAAGUUGAUUCGUUCAUGUGGCACAAUAUUAUUAUUUAAUGAAAAUACUGGUAUGAUAAACUCAAUCUUGGAAAAUCCCACAAUAAAAUCAAUCAUUUCUCCUUCAACAUCUUCUUCAUUCACUAUACCUACACAAUAUAAUUUAUCAUCUUCAUCAUUAAUUAAUUUAUCAUCAAUAGUUAAUCAAUUUGAAUAUAAUCAUUUAAUAUUUUAUCAGAAUGGAAAAUAUUAUAACGCCGAGAAAUUAAAAGAUGAAUUAAUAGUAAACAAUAAAGAACCUUGGAUUCAUAAUAAUAAUUAUAAUAGAAUUUCUGCUUUCCUUAACAAAGAAAAAUCUUUACAGCUAAUAAUUGGUGAAUCUACAAUCCAAAUUUGGUAUAGAAACAAAACAACAAAUAAGAGUAAACUGAAAUAUAUUUGGUCAAGUAAAAACAAAAGUAAAAAAAAAUUUUUUAUAGAAAAUUUUUUACUAGGUGAAAAAGAAUUCAAACUCUCAUUAACAAUUACACCUACCAUUGCCACUGCUACCACUUAUCAUCAUAAUCAAAAUUAUUCUUCGCUGGCUUUGAGGAAAAAAAUUAAUGAUGAUAUUGUAGACAUUCAUUGGCCUUACAAUAAUGUCAAUCUAAUUAAAGAUGCUUGUGAAUCUUUGGGUUAUUUGUAUCAUCUGAAAGACGACCCAGCUGGUCCAAAAAAACAACAAGAAUAUGAAGAUUUGAUUUUACAAAUUGAGAAAAUUAUAAUCAAAUUCAUUGAAAAAUAUCCGAUUAAUUGGAGAUUGAUUAAUAUCAGAUACAAUCUGAUGAAAUAUCUGAUCAAAACCAAUUUACAAAAAGUUAUACCAGGAUUUUAUCGUACCAAUUCAUCAUCAUUGAUCUCUCUAAAACUAGUUCCACUACCAGAUUUCACAGUUUUUCCUAAAGAAACAAAACUACAAAUAAUAAACUACCGAAAAUUACCAUUAAAACUAUUGAAAUUAUUGAUCUGGCCGCGUGGUUAUGUCAUCAAAAAAGAAUCAAACUUGUCACCAUUUUUACGAGCAGUUAAACAUGAUAAACAUGGUUUAAUCUAUGACAAUCCAUCAAUCGAAGCAGUAAUUGAUUUCAAAUGGUCAUCUGCACGUAAUCAUUUCUUGAGACAUACAGCACUAUAUUUUAUUUUUGCUUUGUUGUUUGGAUUGUUAACUGGGGCUGUUAAAAAUGACAGUUUGAUAUAUAAUGGCAAUGCGAAUAUAGGCGAAAAAAUUAUUACAUUUUCAAUGUCAUCUUUGUUUUACUAUUUAGGGUAUUAUAUAUUAGCAUCAGAAAUUAUACAACUGUUUCAUGAGGGAUUCCGUCGAUAUAUCAGUGUUUAUAAUUUCUUUGAUCUGGCUUCGGUUGUUAUGCCUUUAGUUACAUAUACUUGUAUUAAAUUAAUAAAAUCAAAUGAGCAGAGUUUAACUCAACGAUUAACAAUUGCUAUAGCAUUCACUGUUUUAGUUAUGUGGAUUGAAUUGGUAAAUAUAAGCUUCUGA